UCUAAGCGGGAGUUGUCGGUAACAGCUGAUUAGCAUACACAAAGCAACAUGGAAGUCAAUGGCGCAGUUGAUCAGAGAGGAAUUACUGUAAAAAUGUGAUUUCUAGAGCAACGAUUGUUUGACAACUGUAGAAAAACUUAUCAGGUAACCAUAUGACAAAUACAAUAUGUGUGAUGUGGCAACUUUCAACCAGCGGCAUUUCCAGGGCAGCACCAGUAACGGGGUCACAGAAAAGGGGGGCUACAAUUUGUUCUGGAAGAACGAUAAAACAGGAGGGGAGGAGGAGCGUAGAACUGCAGCAUUUAAUCACAUGGACUCGGGUUUCUUUGACCAGCUGAACUACUGCGAGAGGUAUGAUGUCAAUGCCAAUGGUGACAAGUUCUCCAAGUUUGAUGACAUUGUGUCUCAGAUCAUAGAAGAUGACAGUUCAUUUUAUGCAUUUAAUCAAAACCUUAAGAAUCUGAACAUUUCUUUCAACCAGGGAAGUAAUGGUUCCACCAGUGUACCCUCCACGCCUGGUAGUGCCUGGUCCGCAGUGACAGAUGAGAUGCCACAGAAGCCAAGCACCACCACCUUUGACUUCAACCUGCCUGGACCUCCCAGCCUGUCCAGCGCAUCCAACAACAACCUGUCCGACUUCAGCCCAGACAUCUCCCUACAGGAGCUGGAGUCACUGCCCACCAAAACAGAUGGACCCGACCUAGAGCUUCUCCAGUCCUUUAUGAUAGAACAGUCCAAGAAGAGUCUCAAAAACCAGGCUUUUCUGGAUAACCAUUUGACGGAAGCUUUCAUGAGCAUGUACGAUGUUAAAACCAUGCCUGCAUCUCCUCCUCAGACCAAAAAUCUGUCUCAUCAAAGCAUAUCAGGGAAGGAAUCUCAGAACUGCCAGCAAUGGCCUACCUAUGACAACCAGCAUUAUCUCAAAAGCCAAUCAAUGACUUCUACCUAUACACAACCUGGAAAUUUUCCUCAGUAUGCCAAGACACAACCCUAUCCCCAAGAUUCCUUUGACAAGGCAGAACUCCCAAAGUUUCCCCCUGAAGUACCCCCGCCCCUUGCAUUUCCUCCUAGCAGAAACCUCAAUCUGAAACCAGAAUCGAUGAAUUCUACAAGACACUCGGACAUGAAGUCACUGAGUACCAGUAAUCAGGACAAGAUGUUGCGUGCUGGGAUAAGUACAUGUAAUCAGGGAUUUCAUCCUACUGAAUCGGGUGACAGGAAGAGCGUACUACAGCCAAUCCAGAUCAAUACCCAUAAUGCUCUUGGCUACACGAGUUCUACUUCAGGUCAGAACACACCUGUGUCCCACCCUGGUAACAGCUAUCAGGUGUUGGAUAAGUAUGGGGUGUCUCCAGUGACCAGUGCACAAAGAGUCGGUGUAUCCACCAAGUCUCAGCCCAGACCCCAGGAUCUUUCUCAGUUACCUGCCUCCUACCCAUCAGCCUUAGCUAUGGAUAAAACUCAGGCAGGAAGACCUAGUGCUCACAUCUCCCAGGCCUUCAGACAGAAAAUGGCCAAAAUGACAACGCUUUCAAGCCCAACAUCAGUCAUGACAGAUGUCAAAUACUCACAUGAGAUGACUGACAAGACCCAGCCGGUCAGUCUGCACAGUCUCACCCAAACAAGUUACGGGGACGCCUCCACUGGUACCCCCGUAUACCACAAACGACACCCCAGGGACAACCACCCUCUGCAAGACUUUCAAACACUAGGUGCUGUGGCACAACCCCACCAUCCAGCAUUUGUCAAAUACCUGCCAAACUUCAUCGCCCCUCCCCACUUCCUCACCCCCUCUGGUGCCUUGCCUAGUGAGGCCUUUGAGUAUUACCAUGUGGAUCCCUACGGCAGACUUAUCCCUCCCAUGAUGGCACCAGAGAUGUAUGUGGACGUCCCCUACAUCUACCAAGGAAUACCCCAGGUCAUUCCUAACAUCAGGAACCCACGACGGAGUGGUCCAUCGAAUGAGCUUCACCUGAAACUGGAGGAGUGCUACGAGCAGUUCAGAAAUAUUGAAAGGGAGAGGAAGAAGACAGAGGCUGAGUUGGCCCGACAGAACCCGGGUAAGAAGGUGUCCAGUGCCAACAACAUCGUGGUGCCGCGGCUUCCCUCCAACCCCUCCAGAGUGGACCGCCUCAUUGUGGACUCCUUCAAGGAGCAUGCUAGGAUUAUUACCUUGGUGGACAAAAUGGAAAAGCUGCGUGACUUUGUAUUACACCCUCACAUUCAUUCUGCAUUAGAGAGAUGGUUAGAAGGAAUCCGUAAAGUUCAGGCUCGUCGUAAAGAGGAGAUUGUGAAUGCCACAAAUCGACAUAGAAAUGUUGGCAAUAGACACCAGGAGGACAAAGAUGUGCUGGCUCUAGCGGCCAGUAUCGGGGAGCUGACCACACUGUGUAGGAAGGCCAGGACUGCCAACUGGUGUGCCCUACAGAUGGCAGACAAAGACAAUGCUCCUCUCACCUCACUGGGCUUUGAAAUCAAAACAGAGAUGACCAAGGAAGGAUUCCCCGUGUACAUCUCUCAGCAGAAUGUGAUAGAGCUCCAGGAUACAGAGGAAGGUCAGAGUGGGGAGAACAGCAAGGCAUGAGUGACAUCCAACAUCAGGGGAGAGAAGUCAGGAGUGAUGCCAUCAACAACAGCUUCAGUCUCUGUACUGUCGGUUAUUGUAAUAGUUGUCUGAGAAGUCGUAUUAGUUGUAGCAUUUACUAGCACUGAUUUAUCAUGCCUGUAGAUUAGACCUGUGUAUUGUACGGUGCAUUAGAUACAGACAAAAUAGGCUUUAUUUGUGUAAUUGCUGGUAUUUGUAGUUGUGUUGUAUUUUAUCAGGAUUACUAAGCCAAAGUCGAUGAUGAGAAUGGGCAAUAAGUCAGGAUCAAACUGAUUUCAAAAAGUGUUCAGUUGUCAAAUUAGAAACAAGUUUUUGAUUGUUAUUAUUUGAACUUAGAAAUCAUUGUGUUUGAUUUUAUAGGAAUUAAUUCUUUUGAAUAUACUCUUAUCAAAUUAUAAUGAAUGCAUUUUCUAAGUGUAUUUUGUUGAAAUAAUGAUAUUGUUUUCUUCCGAAGAUGAUUUUUUAAAAAUACAUGUAUUUGUUGCAAGGAUGUGAUAAAGAUAUUGUUUUUCAUGUGUAGCAUAAUUUGAGUAUUUAGAGAGAUUUCCUGAAAGCCUUUCAAUAAUGAAUAUGAAACAGGUACAUAUUGUAUUCUCAGAUCUGAGGAAUUGUAGAAAUAACAGUCCCCAAUAAACCACAUAUCGUGGUAGCUUACAUUUCAAAUGGCAAAAUGUUGCAAAUUAUGACAUUCUGUGAUAAAUCUAUUUGGUUGAUUUUUUUUUCAUUGAUGACAAAGUAUUGUAGAAUUAAAGUAUAUCCUGCUUUUUGUUUGAAUCUCAUUAUUUUUUUUCUGCCCAGAAUUCAUUUCUUUGUUGACCAAUUCCCACUUUGUCUACAGAAUUUAAUUGUGAUAUUGCAGUCUUGCGACUUUUAUUUACAAAGAAAAUUAAUAUUUUAUAGAAAAAGAUACCAUUCCACUGCUUAAGAUUUAUCAAGUAAUAGUUCAUUGCUGGUUGUGUGUUUCAUUUGUUUGAUCAAUAUUCUUGUUUGUGAUUUACCAUUGAUUCUAGUAUAUUUUUAUAUUGUGUGCUUCAAAUGGCAUAUGAAUAGCUCACGAUGAAGGGCUAGAAGAAAUUGUGCCUAAUAUUUACCAAUCAAACUCUGAGCUCUAAGGUGUCACUUCUUUUCUCUUCUAAAUCCUAACAUUUAAGUGUCAUUAAGUUGGUACAUGUAACUGAAGGUUGUUUACAGAUAAGACAUUUUUUAUUACAGAUAUUUAAUUGUCAUUUGAUGCAGCUGAGGUGAACAGCUAUGAAUAUAGGUGUAUUUUUAUCUUGCUUGAUACAGUUGCAUUCUUCAUCUCUAGAUAUAAAUUACUAUAUUGAUGCUACAUAUAUAUGUAUAUAUUUGCUCAGAAUGAAUAUCUCUGGAGCUAUCUCGCUUAGAGUUUGGCAGUGUUAAGUUGUCUCUGGGGAAAUGUUUACAUAUCGGAUUGUCCCUUUUUAUACAAGUGCUAGACUAAGCUUUGUAGGUAACUUCUAGAUGUUGCAAUUGCUGUGUGGCCAGUUAGUCCCCACUUAACACUUGUUCUUGGAAUAUCUUUCUACAACCGGGCAAUACAUUACAGCCUGUGUGUAUAGAACUUCAGUUCCAUAAUUUAACAGUAUUCAGACAGGAUAUCCACAGGAAUCAAAACUAUUGGUAUUACUUAAGAUGGAUAUAUUUUUUUAUAAUCAGAUUCCCUAGUCAGUCAUCUGCCUUUGAUUUCAAGCUAUUUAUUGAUGUGCAAUGUUUGUUUUUCCUUGCGGUUUCUUAUGUUCUGUAAUUGGACAGGAUGUAUAUAGUUACUUUAUAUGAUGUUAUUAUGCCAAUGAACUGACAAAUCCUUGGAUUGUGGAGGAUAUGAUUUUUUUUUUUGCUUGAUGAUUAGUGCUUCUGUGUUUGCUUGUUUAACACCUUCCCAUUUAUAACUAUUUAAUUGUCGCUCCCCAAUACUAUCUGUCCGUCUAACAGUCUCCAGUAUCACACUAUGAUCUCUGGUCAUUACUUAAUUCACUAGGUUUGGAUAUGCAAUACACUUAAUGGGUCUUUUCAGGCUUCUUUGAGAUCAUGGGUGUAGUUUGGUGCAACUUGAUUUCUAGUCUUCUUAUGAUUGACAUGUUUUCCUUUCACUGUGUUUGUAACAUCAAGUCUUACAACAGGUGUUAGAUGUUUGUCACUUUAUGAAUAUGUCUUAGUUCAAAUAUUUGUAGAUUACUAUUUAAAUUGAGAUGUUGUGUAGAUUAGAAAAUGUUCAUGUUUAGUGUCUUACUGUGAGGGAAUAUAAAUUGGCCUACUGGUGUAUUGUCAGAAUAUAAGUUCAAAGUCAAAAGGUUUUAUAGAUUUUAAGUCUUCAAUCAAUUCUUUUUAUCUACAGUAGUAAAAGGUUGAUGAGGUUUAAGUCAGAGGUGAUGAAACCAUUUCCCUGUGCUGUUUAAACAACACCUACAUUUUUUAAAGUUCAUUAUUUUUUCAGAAUAUCGAUUCAGUAGGAUUUUUUUUUUAAAGGAUAAUCAUAAUGGUCAUUUUUAUUUUUCCUUUCCUUUGCCUUUUUUUUUUAAAACUUAGAUUUAUUAGCAUCUUUCCAUUGUAUUGUGAUUAAAGUUGCUCCAUGACAACAAGUUUGAUAAACUCGCACACCCAUGUUUUGUGGAUACAAACACCUGACAAAAGGCAUCCAUGUUUUGAAACUAUAUUAUCAGUCAUUUUUGGGUUUUUUUAGGUGCUUCAGAUUAUGAUAGUGCAUGUGUUACUCUCUAUUUUUGUAUCUAAUUGUGUGAUAUUUUCAACAUAUCCUUAUGUUGCUAAUCAAGUUUAUAUAAACAGUAGUAAGUAGACUUCUAUUAGCUUUGGUAUGUAUCAACCCAAAAGAGAAGUGUACAUGUACAUAUAUAUAUAAAUAUAUUAUAGAUUUGCUAGAUGUGUUCAGUAUUUAAAAUCCAUGUAUGUAUACAGCAUAUAUAUAUAUUUACACACUGAAUGUAGUGCACUGAUAUUAGUAGAGGACCAAUGUUGUUAUGUAUAUUUAUAGUCUAGGUAACACAGCCCGUGUUGUAUGUUGUGUGUAGUCUGUCCCGCUCUAGUUACUGGUGUUUGUGAUAUUUUAUUCACUGUUACUUGGUGUAUACUCAGAUUGAUUGCUUGGUGAUAUAUUUAACCUGUGGUACAUACCUGUAGUUGCUGUUACCUGUAGUUAGGGUUUUCUCAGGUUUAGGACGAUCCUCAUCAAACCAAUUCAUCAGCUGAUAACAGUUGUACAGGAAGACAGCUUAGUAGUAUUAGACAAAGAGCAAUAUUAAACACGAGAUUCUUAAUUUAAACAAACGAAGUCUUUAUGUUGUAGUGAACACUUUUGCAGGUGUAGAAUAAUUUGUUAGACUGUACUUGUAUUCAUAUUUUAGCCGUCUUGGUUAUUGGGCAUAUUUAGAAUGAUAAGUUAUUUUCACAAUUAGUGAUGUGCUAUGAUAGACAUUUUAUUCUUGUAUCGAGAACAUAAUCUCUGUAUCACGUGGCUGUUUUCUAGAACUUUCCUUUAAGUGUUGCAAACACAACUGAUUUCAGUUAAACUUAAUUUAUCUAGGUUUCAUUUGAGUCUUCUGUUGAAUUUUGUCAUGUGUGUUUUGAUGGAAUUUAGAAAAUGAUUUGCUGUUGGCUUGUCAAUUGAAAUUUCUGUAAUAUUUUUGAAGUACACAAAUGUAUUGUUAAGUUUUACUUUCUGUUUGAAUUUGUGUGGAAACAAGCCCAGUUCCACCCAGUUUUCCUGCAAUUUGUGAUACAAAUACAGGUUUAUGGUGCAAAUUAAAUGUAUGCAUCUGAUGCAAAAGUUUUGACAUUUGGAGGUUAGUACUGUAGAAAUGUUAAUAGUAUUGGUUCUUUUAGUCACAUAUAUUUGAUAUGUAUAGAGUGUCAAGCAAUAAUCAUGUUUUGUUACUUAGAUUUGUGUAUUUUUAAUGUUUUAGCAGUGUAAUACUUUUUUGGUAUAUUUUUGUUAUAGUUUUGUGUUGACAGGACUUGCAUCUGAGGUUAGAUUGUUUUUCACUUGAUUUUUUUUUAAUGAUCAGAAUGUCUUAGCUUUUGCAGGUUGACAGUUCAACAAUAGACAGUGUCUAAUAAUUAGCUUAAUGCAUUAUUCCCGUCGACAGGGUAUGUUUGUGGAACAAGUACCCCUAUACUUGUAGUUGUGGUGAUAUAUAGGCUUUUUUACUACUGGAGUAUGCUGCUUUGCUUCUAUUGCCAAUAGCGUGCUCAUUAACUGCAUUCUCCUUGAAUUGUUCAUAAGACACAAUGCUCACUAUGUAUGUUGUACACACUGAUCGGGAUUUGACAGAUCUAACCUCAGUGCCUGACCGGAGAGCUGGAUUUCUAACGGGUUCAUUCUCUACACCUUGCAUUCUAUCCUAGGGGGUUCCCCCCAAAACUUCCCUGUCUGUCUGUUCUUUCGGCAAUUGUGUUAAGUAAAAACAAAAAAAUGUUAUGCAACAGUGUGAUUUAUCUAAUGGUUAUCCCUUUGUCCAGUGAAAAAAAUACCUCAGUAAAUCAGUAUAUACCUUGAAAGUGCUGUUUGUUUAGUUUUUACCAAUUUCAAGCAAUGCAAGAACCAGCCUAGAUUUUACACUUCAUUUGAAUGACAGAUCUGAGAAACCAAAUUGCUAUCCUUUUGUAAAACAGAAGUAUGCAGCCUGUUUGUUUUUAUAUUCAGUCAUUAUAGAAUGAUUAGAUACCAAAUAAUCAAAACUUUUUUUGAACAAUGAAAUGUGUUCUGAGAAUCAAUGGAAUACAGGGUUUUAGAUAUGCUCUAUGUCUUAUUCAUUGUGUUAUUUUAUCUAACAGAAAAUUCAGCAUUGUGAUGUCGUGUAAUCAAUUGAGAAUUUACUACCAGUGUAUUGACAGUAUUGUUUUUAAUGUAAAUAUUUAAAGAUUUUGUUCAGAACUUUAAUGAUUUUAAAAAUGAGAAUGAGAGCGUACAGGGUUUGAGGAUGUUAUCAGCGUAUCGUGUUGACUUGCCAUCUUUAUCUGUAUCACUUGGUGCCAUACUUGGUUAACUUCAGCAACUCUGAUCAUCUGUUCCUUGUGUAAUGUUUAAUAAUUUCACCUGGUUCCGUCAAUAAUGAGAGACUCUGUUAUAUCUUCAGUAUGUCAGAAAUUUUUACUAUGUUAGAUAGACUAUUUAAGAGCCUGUUAAAAUAAGGCUGUAAUUUUUAUUAUUGUGCAUGUGUUCUUUGUCUUCCGAAAGACUUAGCAGUAAUUAAUGAAUUAAUCUCCUCGUUAGGGAAGAACCCCGAAGAAAUGGCGGAAGUUGUCAACACAAGCAGAGGCCACUGAUCUGUGUCAUGUGCUGCACUUUGUAGUUAGUCUUUUUAUUGUAUGCAAGUAUUUAUCUCAGUUUUCCUAUUCAAGUUCUUUAGUGCUACUUUGUUGAGAGAUCAUGGAAUGAGAGAGAUGGGUUCGCAGGGCUUGGUCACCACAUAUCAAACGAGGUCUGGACUACAAUACACUGUAUUUUUUCUGUUCCAUUUCUAUUUCCUCAAAAAAUAAUUGAUCUGACAGAUUCCAAAAUGAUUUGUUAUCUCUGUAAGAACUGGAGCUCUUUAUGAAAUGCAAAUUAAGUGUGCCUUAUAUAACUUCCAGUAUUCAGUAUCUGUACAGGUUCUCCGUCUUUCUGUUCUUUUUUAUUCCAUCCUUGAUUUGUGAAGUGAUGACCAAGACGAGGGUCGGUGACCAGGCAAGUCGUUUUCUGUGCUCAUUGCGGAGGCUAGUAUGGACUGUACACCGAGCUGUCUAGCUGUGUCACAUUUGACCGUAGCUUGACAGGCGAUGGUGGCUUUGCGUGUUUAGUUGGGUUAGUGGAUGAGGUGUAUUUUUUGUAUGAAGGCAUUGGUUUAUAAUUAUAGUAGACUGUGAUAAUCUGUUCAGUAUCUUUCUUUUUUUCUCCCCUCUGGGAGUGCAAUUGUAAUUGUUUGUCCAGGAUAUCUCUAACAGCAUGAAAUCAACUCUCAUGCCUACCUCCUCAAAUUUACCAAUGCAAUAGAGAUAUCAAUGGAGAGAAAUCUUCUUUUCACACAUGCUAAUGCAUAUCAAAAAAUAAACUUUCUUCUUUGUUUUUCAUUUUUUUUUAAAUGAAAUUUAUUUUGGGUAUUUAGUUAGAUUUUAACUAUUGUAUUAAAGAAUGAAUUCAUAAAUCCAAAUUUGUUAAUUAUAAACCGAAAGAGUGAGAUUUUCAGAAAGUUAUUGGAAUGUAGAGUUGAUGUUUACUUUUCAAAGUACUUUUUUCUAUAAAUAAAAUUGUUUUCAAUAUGAAA